AUGGCAAAUGGCAACCAUGUUUUGGUUAACAUUAACCAAAGUAAUGGUAACCAAUUUUUAGGUGAUGACAUUGAACCAUGUCGGCUUACAAAAGCUGGAAAAGAUUCUAAGGUUUUGGUUAUUGGUACAAUAGCAAAACGUGUUAAAUUAAGGCCAAGCGUCCUUCGUGACCUUGCGGAGGAGCAGCUCAUUCUUCCGCAACCAGUUGCCGAAGAUAAAUUGAUAGGUGAAGAAGAUUUUGUGGAAUUUGAAGACGACGACCAGAUUGUACGUCUUUCCGGUGAUUUUGUUAUGGACGAAUUUGCUACAGGAUGUGUGGUUGGUAUAUAUGGCAUGCAAUUUGAUAAUGAUAUCUUUCAAGUUAAUGAGGUGAUUUGGCCUUCCAAAGCACCACAACCGACAUAUCCGAUUCUGAAUGAUGACAGAUAUGUUGUAUUCGUCUCAGGAUUUUCAUUCACCGGCCAAGCUGAUAAAGAUGCUGAAAAGAUAUUUUCUCUUGAUUUGUUGCAGAAAUGGCUCUGUGGCUCGUUACCGUUAUUCGGAAAGGAACGUGAUGUUGUAGAAAGGGUAGUACGAUUGGUAGUAGCCGGUGAAAGUGUUGCUAUCACGGAACAGGGAAGGGAAUUUACGACAGCUGCUCGUUAUCUAAUUAAAAAUGAGGAAUGUCCAAAUGUUGAAUGUGUAGCACAUAUGGAUAAAUUUUUAUCAAAAAUAUCUAGUUUGCUGGAAGUUGAUGUAAUGCCUGGCUUAGGUGACCCAUCUACUUACCUAAUGCCUCAGCAACCGAUUCAUCGUGCAGUAUUUGUAAUGGGUUCAAAACACGGGAAGAUGCUCAAUUUGGUAACCAAUCCUUAUCAGUUCAGCUUAGAAGGCGUUCAUAUUGUAGGAACAUCCGGCGAAUGCUUGUCCGAUCUGAAACGUUUCACGAAAAGAUUAAAUGGUAUUGAAUUACUUAGCAAAAUUCUCGAUUGGCAACAUUUGGCACCGACUAUUCCGGAUACUGUAGAUGGAUUUCCAUUUAUGGAUCGAGACCCAUUUAUUAUUGAAUCAUUCCCUCAUAUACUGUUUGCAGCCAAUCAGCCGGAAGCAUCACAUGCUUUAGUUGAAUUUGAGGGAAAUCGGCGCACACUCCUUCUUUCCAUACCGAGUUUUACGAAAACACUCUCAGUGGUACUUGUGAACUUACGAAACCUCGAAGUCGUUGAACAUAGCUUUGCUGUUGAUCGGCUAGUUUGUAACACUUAA